CACCGCACAACUUCUCCUUCGCUGAGCUCUUUGCCAUCACUACAGCCGGGCUAGCGGCACUUGAGACACAGGCACAAAGGUCCGUGGAAGCUGGAGCGGAUCUGCCUUCCGGUCGCAAUCAUGUCUGCACCUUCGCCCCCAGAUGGAGCACCGCCACCACCUCCUCUAUCAGAGCCUCCCCCGCCCCCGCCUCAGGAGGAUGGGGACGUGAUGCCUCCCCCUCCUCCUCCGGCACCUUACCAUCGAGUCAACGAGCCACCGCCUCCACCACCGACAGGAAGUAUGCAGCCGCCACCACCACCACCCCCUCCUACACCGAAGGAUUCGGAUCUAACUUCGCAUAUACCCCCACCACCACCUCCAACACCGCAGGGAAGUGUACCGCCUCCUCCUCCUCCUCCAACUCCUCAAGUCGCCUCGACACAGUCGGAGGUGAUAGGCAAUGGAGGUUCCUCAAGCUUGAGCAAUGCUGAGGCAGGUCCUUCACGGCAGACCGCAACGCCUACCCCUGACACGUCACUCGGCCCGCUCCCGGCAUCUGCUGUCCCUAGUGAUGCAAAGGAGCUGGAGCGCCUCAUGUCUCGCGAAUCCCUGUCUUUCUUUCAAGAAAUCGAAACAGAACGGGUCCUGACUGCCUUCAGGUUGAACCCUUACGAUGUGCUCGAAGUACCUCUCGAAGCAGAUGACAAGAUGAUCAACAAGAUCUACAGGAAGAAGUCUCUACUGAUCCAUCCUGACAAGGUGAAGCAUGAGAGGGCUGUGGAAGCUUUCGAUCUUCUCAAGAAGGCCAGCAGCCAUCUGUUAGACGAGGACAAGAGGAAAGCCCUCGACGAGACUGUUCUCUCGGCCAAAUUCCUCGUUCUGCGAGAAGAGCUCGGCCUGCCAACUUCAUUAGCCUCUGACUCUCCUCAACUAGCCAGUUUGAAUCCGACGUUCGAGGAAAGGGUGCGCAAGGCGACAAAAGCAUUGAUGAUUGACGAUGAGCUCCGGAAGAGGAAAUCGCUGAGGAUGCAGCAUGCCAUGGAAGGAGAGGAAGAGAGGAAGCGGGAGGCUGCGCUGGAGGAAAGGAAAAGGAAAGCAGACGAAAAGGUCAAGUGGGAGGAUACGAGGGACGAAAGGGUGGCGGGCUGGAGGGCCUUUGCCAAAGGCGGGAGUGGCAAGAAGCGAAAGAAGGCAGGCGGAGAGGUGUUGGGGUGACUGAACCAUCAUGGACGAGAAAAGAGGCACGAGAGUAUCUCCUCGAAGCUGUAGCACAUAUACUAUUACAUUAUGAUCCUAUCGUAAUACUGUCAGGAUCGCCAUCAUCAAGAAUAGCUCAUGUAUCCGUCUG